UCUCGUUUCUCCGAUUCUUCCAUAACGCGGUUCGUUUUGUUAUUUAAAUGGAGAUUAUGGAACUUCAGUGAUCAUCAACGACCCUAUCUUUCCAAACCUGUUUUAAUCAUUUCAUGGCGCCAAGAAAGAUGAAGUUGCAGGUGGUUUCAGCACAGGAGAAGGAUAUGAAAGUGAGGGUGCAGUUCCAACGAGUGAAACCAAAGAUGGGGAAGAGAAAAGAAAAAGGCGAAUGCUUGAGAGAGGAGCAAAGGGAAACAAGAGUGAAAUUUGGAGAGAUGGAAAGACAAUGCGAUCGACUGAAAGAAGAAACUGAAAUGAUGAUCAGACAAACAGCCAGGACUCAGAUGAAGAUAGCUUUGAUGUUCAAUAUCUUGAAAGCUCGGGAAGGUGGAGACUUGAUUGAAGCCGCUGAGCUCACUAUGUUUCUUCGAGAAAUUGUGGCCAAGGAAAGAGCAAGUUCGAAGGACGGUAAAAAAUGAAAAAUGCAGGUGGAUUUUGUGAUACAAGUGUUUUGGUAUAUAUGUAAACGAAGAACUUGAAGGUUGAAGUUUGAUGUGGGAGUGAUGAAGUCAAUUAGCAUGGUCUGGUUUUUUUUCGUAUCUUUGUUGCUGCACUUCACCUUGAGGUGCUUCGUUUGUUUUGUUAAGGGUUUGCUACUUGA